GAAAUGGCCCUGGGCCCCAACGCCCUACGACAACUGGAGAUCGUAUCCGCCGCCGACCAGGCCGGCAGUAGCAGCAGCAGUGGCGGCACCGGCAGUAGCAGCAGCGGCAGUAGCAGUGGCGGCGGCGCUGCUACUGCCACGCUGCUGCGGCUGCUGGACCGCACCUCCACGGGCUUUGGAUCUCGGCUGCUGCGGCGCUGGCUGGUGCGGCCGCUGGCGUGUCGGGCGCUCAUCCUGCGGCGGCAGCAGGCGGUGUCGGAGCUGCUGGAGGCGGCCCGCUCCGCCGCCGCCUCCCGCGGCCCUCUGGCGGCGCUCCCCCGCGCUCUGUCCCGCCUGCCUGACGUGGAGCGGGGGGUGACCCGGGCGCUGCACGGCGCGGCCUCACCCGCCGAGUUCGUGGCAACACUGCGGGCGCUGCAGCAGUUGCGCACCGACUUGGGUCUGCCGCUGCUACCCGACCCCGUCCUCACGCCCGAGUCCAUGGCCGCCGCCGCCGCCGCUGAUGGAGCUGCCGCCGCCGGCGGCGCCGCCAACCCCGCGGCGGCGGCGACACAGCCGGCGGCAAACGCGCAGGACGUGAGGGGUCAGGACGCGGCCGCGCUUCGGGACCUGGAGCGGGGCGUGGGCUCGCCACUGCUACGGCAGCUACUGCGCCAGGUGGGCAGUCGCGGGCUGGCGGCGGCGCUGGCCGGCUGCCUGGCCCCCCUGGAUCCCGAGGCGGCGGCGGCCAACGACUUCAGCCGCAUGUUCGCAGACAAAGCCAGGUUCGCCGGCGUGUGGGCCGCCGCGAGGGCGGUGCGUGCCGCCGAGACCCACCUGGCCUCGCUGCUUCCCGGCCUGGCUCGGGCUGCGGGGCUUCAGCCUGGCGGCGUGUCGUAUGUGGCGGUUCAGAACCAGGGCGACCACCUGAUAGAGGUGCCGGUGGGGGCGGAGGACCGCGUGCCGCGGGCCUGGCACAAGGUGUGCUCCACCAAGAAGGUCCACCGCUACCACCCCCCGGAGGUCACCGCAGGCCUGCAGCAACUUGCGGUGGCUAAGGAGCGGCUGGCGGCGGCGCAGGCGGCGGCCUGGGCAGCGCACCUGGCCGCAUUCGGCCCCGCCGCCUACCCCGCCUGCCUGGCGGCGGUGCGGGCGGCGGCGGAGCUGGACGCACUGGCGGCGCUGGCGGCUGUAGCAGCCAGCCCCGGCUACUGCCGCCCCGUCUUCCUGCCGGAUGGAGGCGAGAGGGCGGCUGUAGCGGCGGAGGGGGAGGGGGGGAAGGAGGAGGAGGCGGAGGAGGAGGAGGGGGAGGGGGCUGUAGCAGGGCGGCGGCAGGCGGAGGGAGAGGGGAAAGAGGUGGGAGAGGGAGAGGAGGAGGAGGAGGUGGUGGUGGAGGAGGAGGAGGAGGAAGACAAAGAGGGGGCUGUCCUCAUUGCCAAGGGCGCGCGGCACCCAAUGCUGGAGGCGAGGCUCAGUGGCAGCAUGGCGGCGGGUGGCGGCGGCGGCGGCGGCGGCUGGGCGGUUCGGGCGGGCGGCGCGGCGGCGGCGGUGCCCAACGACAUUGAUUUGGACGGGCGGCGGGGCGGCACUCGCUGCCUCAUCAUCACAGGUGGGUGGGUGGGCAGCUACGUGCCGGCGGACCGCCUGACGCUGCGUGUGUUCGCGGGCGUGCACUGUCGCAUGGGCGCCAGCGAUAACAUACUCAUGGGCCGCAGCACCUUCUUUGAGGAGAUGUCCGACGCGGCCGGUCUGCUGUCCGCCGCGGACCGCCGCAGCCUGGUGCUGUGCGACGAGCUGGGCCGCGGCACGGCCACACACGACGGCGUGGCGGUGGCGGGCGCGGUGCUGAGUCAGCUGCUGCACGUCAACAGGUGCCUGACGCUGUUCGUCACACACUACCCCGAGAUUGCGGCCGAGUUCGCCACAGACGGGGGGAGCAGGAGGGGGAGGACCCUGAAGGCGGCGGCGGCGGCGGACACGGUCGCAGGCGGAGGCGGCGCCGGCGGCGGGGCUGGUGCUACUGCCAUGGAGGUGGACAGCGAGAAGGAGAAGAAGGAGGAGGAGGAGGAGGAGGAGGAGGAGGAGGAGGAGGAGGAGGAGGUGGAGGUGAAAGAGGAAGGGAUGGGGGAAGAGGAGGCGGAGGCGGUGGCGGCAGGGUUGCGGCGCCGCCGUCUGCGGCCACUGGUGGUGGCCACACACAUGGCCUUCGUGCGGGAGGAGGGCGAGGAGGGAGACCAGGCCGCUGCUACUGCCGCUGAUGCCACUUCUGCCGCUGCUGCCGCUGGCGGCGGAGGCAGUAGCAGCGCAGCGGGCGGCAGUAGCGGUGGCGGCGGCGGCGGCGCGCCCCGCAUCACGUUCCUGUACAAGCUGCGGCGGGGCGCGGCGGACGAGAGCUUCGGGCUCAAUGUGGCGCAGAUGGCGGGUGUGCCGGCGGCGGUGGUGCGGCGGGCGGCGGACAUGGCGGCGUGGAUGCGGCGGCGGCAGCUGGGGCAGGGGCAGGGGCAGGGGGAGGGGCAGGUGGGGCCGGCGGCGGCUGGGAGGGCAGCAGCAGGGGGCGCGGCAGGGGCAGCAGAGCUAGAGGGAGAGCGGGCAGCGCUGAUGGAGCAGUUGCAGGCGGUGGCGGCAGCAGCAGCAGCAGCAGCAGCAGCAGCAGCAGCAGCAGCAGCAGCAGUGGCAGAGGCAGAGGCAGCUGGGGCAGCAAAUGGGGCAGUGGCAGCUGGGGCGGAGGCGGAGGCGGCUGGGGCGGCCGGGGCGGAGGCGGCGGGGGCAGAUGUCACUCGGGCCCUGGCGCCGCUGCUGCAGCUGCAGGCGGGCGUGAGGCGGUCCCUGGCUCUGUGAGAUGUUUGGAGCGGGGUGGGCGGACUUGGGGCCAGCAGGGCUGCUGUAGACAGGUGCGGGGCUUGGCAGGGCGGUUGAUUGCGCGUUGGUGAUUGCUGAAGGGGCAAGUGGGAUUGGCCACCAAAUCGACUAGACUCGGCAUGUAAACUGAUCAUGCG